UGAAAGGGGCCGAGAGCUCAGGGCCCCGCAGACCGCUCGAGACGCUGCUGGCGAGCGUGUCUCCCGCCGCCAUGGCCCGACUGCUGCGCGUGUCCUGCCUGCUCCCCCUGCUGCUGGCGGGGCUUGUCUCACCCGGCCAGGGACAGGAGAAGUCCAAGACGAACUGCCAUCCUGAUGUGAGUGGCACCAUCUACGAUUACGGGGCCCUCACCAUCGAUGGUGAGGAAUACAUCCCCUUCAAGCAGUAUGCAGGCAAAUACGUCCUCUUUGUCAACGUGGCCAGCUACUGAGGCCUGACAGGCCAGUACAUAGAACUGAAUGCACUGCAAGAGGAGCUUGGGCCCUUUGGUCUGGUCAUCCUGGGCUUCCCCUCCAAUCAAUUCGGAAAACAGGAACCAGGCGAGAACUCAGAGAUCCUGGCCACCCUCAAGCAUGUCCGGCCAGGCGGAGGGUUUGUGCCCAAAUUCCAGCUCUUUGAGAAAGGGGAUGUGAAUGGGGACAAAGAGCAGAAGGUAUUCACGUUCCUGAAGAACUCCUGCCCUCCCACUUCGGAGCUCCUGGGCACAUCUAGCCGCCUCUUCUGGGAGCCCAUGAAGGUCCAUGACAUCCGCUGGAACUUUGAGAAGUUCUUGGUGGGGCCCAAUGGCGUACCCAUCAUGCGCUGGUACCACCGCACCACAAUCAGCAAUGUCAAGAUGGACAUCUUGAGCUAUAUGAAGCGACAGGCAGCCCUGGAGGCUGAAGGGAAGUAACUGAGCUGUCCAGCCCACACAGGACCCCGGGAACCACUCAGGAAGGAACCUGUCUCCCCAGCCACAUUGCACCCCCAGACCUGUGGCUACAUGUGCCCAGGCCACUAGAAAACAUGCCCCUCUGUCUCCAAUUCUGUCCAAUGAUGGCAAUCCACUUAUAGCUGAACCCAAAGAAAAAGCAGCUCUCAACCCACUUGUUCUACUGACCCAGGGGCUUUAGUCUCAGGGGGUCACAUCUCCUAAUCUUCCAGAAGUUUCCUCCCCACCUACUACCACUUACUCCUCCUGUCACAUAGCCUCUCUCCUUCUUGAGGGUCUCCCCCAAGCCUCCUCCCCCUGCCCCUGUAGUGAUCUGUGAGAACAGUUGCCAAGGCAAUGUGAGGGAGGCCAGCUCCCUGUGCUGGGAAGCAUCUCCAUGAAGGAGGGGCCCGAAGCCCUUGUGGCGGGCCUCCCCUAAGCCUGUCUGGAGGGUCGGCCCUUAGUGCAUUCAGGCCGAGCCACAGACAGGGAUGCCAACCUCCUGCGAGGGGCUGUGCUCUCCUCUCACUCUGACCAUUGGCCUUAGAGCUCCCCACCCACUGGUCCAAUAAAAGCCUCUGCAGCA